GCUUGAGGGGGAUGGCCAGCGAAGGCAGCUUAUGAUGUGGCGGGCUGAAACCAGCGGCUCUCCUCCGAGUGCCCAGCGAUUCGUGGAUUCCACGGCGGAGCAGUCACGUGCUUGGGCCGGGCAAGUUUGACGUCAGCGGCACUCGCGGAAUGUUCAGGCGGGUAAACCUUCAUGGUGCAGAGUCCUAGGAGCUCUUCACUGACAAAAAGGAGGCGAAUAGCUUCAUGGCUGACGAGAUGAAUCGCCAGCGGGAACAGUCGGGUUGCAACUGUGACAUUACCUCCGUAACAGCACCGCAUCCACCGGCAAACUCUGAAUUCUGACUCUCAAGCUUCCACACACUCACUAAUCAAUAUCUACCGUAAAACCGACAAUGGAUACCCCCGACGACGAUGAAUGGGAGUAUGAGUACGAUGAGAACGAGACGGAGGAGUUCUACGUGACCCUCGACCUGUCCGGCAUCCUCCCCACAGGCCAGGAAGGCAUCGAUCCAGCAUACAUCCCGUCCGAGGACCGACCCCGCACAGGCCGUCCCUCGUACAAGAAGACUAAGUCAAAAACAACAGUGACGGCAGCCAGCCGGCUAGCAGCACAGGCCUCAGCUCCCGAACUAGCUCCACAGAGCGAGACAGACACUCUCGACUCAAGCCGCAUCCAGAUAGUAGAUCUGCACACCUCAACUCCCCUCAUCGCGUACCAAGGCCAGCUCCUGAGCUGCCACUGGGCUUCUACCGUUGGAACCGACAUGCUAUUCGCAAAGCAGGACCCAGAUGCAGACUCGCACCACGCUCCGUUAAGGACGGUAGCUCCGUUCGAUCUCCUUGGGCUUAGCUCCACCAAGCUGAUGGCAUCUACCGCUCAGCUGCGGUCUCGAGAUAACCGUCCAGUGAUUGAGAAAGAUCCAUCUCCGUUUCCGGACCAGGCGGCGCGUAGGAGGUCAUCGGGUACCCUUAGCACGAGCGGCGCUAAUCGUCAACUCAAAACCUCGAAAGCGAGGAUCAAUCAACAAAACUUCCUGAGUCGGCUGGGCGCUGCCAAUGCGAAGAGGAAGAGGGAUGAUGAAUCGACCAUGGGCUUGCCGAUGAGGAGCGGUAGACAUGCUUUCGUGAGAGAAGGCGAAUCGCCGGAAGAUACGUCAAGCUCAGACGCAAUUUUUUCAAUGCCAGAUGGAAAUACGGCUGUAGCAGAAACGGAACUAGCCGAAAGCAGGUCAAUUUCAGGCCCACACCCCUUGGUAACCGGUGGAGACGUGGUAGAGGUCGAAUCAGUAGAGGACAGGCCACUCUCAGUUCCAACGCCUUCAGUAGCCGACGGAGAUACGAUCAUGACAGAAGUCGAAUCGGCGAGGGCUGCCUGGACAGCAGAUACUCAGCCGCCACUACCUGUCCAGCAAGAAGGAAGUUCCUGAUUGUGUACCGUUUCUGUAAAAAAAAAUCGUGUAUAACAGAAUAUGCUUAGAAGCAACCGUGUGUUAAAAGCGAAACUCCAAGCUUAAUCACGUCAAUCCAC